UCUAUACGAGAAUACGCGUUCCUGUCAAUUAAGUAACGUUACGAUAGUUCACGUGUUUUAUUGAAAUAACGUUACUAUUGUAUUGACAUUCAUUUGUUUAACUAUAAACUUUUUUUCGAACUUUAAAAAUUUUGAAUAGAACUGUGUUAUUUUCUUAUGUUUUAUCUGUAAAGCCAUAGAUACGAGACAGUAUUUUUUUUAAUUCGAACUUUGAAAAUAGAAUGGGACUUUUCUGUUUUAAAAUUGGAACUGUUAUGUGAGAAGGUUAAAAUUGUGAAUAAGUAAAUUAUUUAUCUGUGCAAAUAUCCUAUUGUUUGGAUUGAGGAUUGUUUUGAUGAAACUUACAGAAAUAAAAUUGAAGAAAACACUUCAAUGAAAGUACCUUAUGGCUAUAAAGGUUAACGACAAUAAUUCAAAAUGGAUACCGAAGAAGCAGAUAAAAUUGCGUUCAAAAGCAAUAUUUUUGAUGAAGAUGGUGAUAUUAUACUCAAAACUAAGAUAGCGAAUGAAAUACUAGAGAAAAAUCUAGCAGAUUUUAAAAUAGAAGACUCAAAUAUACCUAUAGAUAAUAUUAAAAGACCUAGAAUACUAAAAAACGCUGCUAAAUCAAGAAUAACUAGUAGACAUGCCAAUCCACUGUUUCUCUUACUAAGGAUAGUUUUCAAAACAUUUUUGAUGAAUAUAUUGACAUUUCUGUUUUUAUUGACAAGUUGCGUGAGCGCAUAUCAGCAGAAGUUCGCAAUUGAACCACAAGAUCAGAGUGCAGUAGUGGGAUCAAGAGUGACGUUGCCCUGUCGUGUGGUCCAUAAGGCUGGUCAACUACAAUGGACGAAGGACGACUUUGGUCUCGGCACGCAUCGGCAUCUGAUGGGCUACGAGCGGUACAAGAUGAUCGGCAGUGAUGAAGAAGGAGACUAUUCGUUGGAUAUAAGAGACGUUACCAUCGACGACGACGCUCUUUAUCAGUGCCAAGUUAGCACGGGACCAAAAGGUGAAGCGGCAAUCCGAUCAAAAUCUGCUCGUCUAACAGUGCUGGUGCCACCUGAGCCCCCGAAGAUCACGAAAGCACCUGUCUUAGAAGCUGUGGAAGAUAGCGAAGUGAUGCUGGAAUGCGUAUCUGUUGGAGGAAAACCAGCGGCUGAAAUUACGUGGGUGGAUAGCGAUGGGGGUGUACUCAGCCAGGGGGUGACUUACACAGCCGAGCAAAUGUCCGACGGUCGCAGGUUCAUUGCUCGAUCAACACUUCGUCUCCGUCCAAGAAGGCACCACCACGAUCAGACGUACACGUGUCAGGCUCAGAACACUGCAGAUAGAGCCUAUAGAUCAGCUACUGUUAAACUAAAGAUACAAUACGCACCGAAAGUGAGGGUUGUAAUCAAAUCAAGAUCUACAAAUGGCAGGAUACACGAAGGAGAUGCUUUAGUUGUUGGAUGCCAAGCAACAGCUAAUCCAAGCAACCUCACCUAUCGUUGGUACCUUAACAAUGAACAAGUGCCUACUGCGAAGAACAAUGAAUUGGUCAUAUCAAAUGUAUCCCGCAGGCACAAUGAGGCGUCUGUGAAGUGCGAAGUUCAGAACCAAGUCGGUAAAAGUGCCGACUCCAAAACUUUGGAGGUGUCCUAUGGGCCAGCGUUUCGUACGAGACCUCAAAACGUGGAAGGUGACAUUGGAUCGACCGCAACCCUCACUUGUCUGGUGGAUGGUCACCCUCAACCCAAAGUGCUUUGGAUGCGAUACGAACAGGACAGGGUUAUUAGAGUGGCCAAGUCUGCCAACCUAACAGUGACGAUCAGCAAGCAGACCGCAGGCCAGUACUGGUGCCGAGCCACUGUGGAAGGGUACCAAGACAUCGAAGCUCCUGCCAUGGUUUAUGUUAAAGGUCCACCAAGAAUAAUGUCAAACCAAACACAGUAUGGAGUAGAAGGCGGAAGCGUCCAUAUUGAAUGCGUGUCUUUCUCCGUUCCGAAACCUGAUUUGGUGAUUUGGAGUUUCGGUGGAAACGAGCUCAACUCUUUUCAUAAUCAUGACUAUGUUUUCUUGGAAGAGUCUUUGCCGGACGGAUUGACCAAGUCCACGCUGAUCAUAAGGGAGAGCCAAAUGAAACACUUCGGUCCCUACAACUGUACUGUGUCCAAUGCAUAUGGCACUGAUAGUAUGGAAAUUAAUGUUAUACCUGACAAAUCGAUCCCUCUCAUAGUGAUAGUAUGCACCGGGUCCUCAAUAACGAUACUCAUCCUUAUAAUCAUGCUCACGGUAAUGCUGUGUCACCGAAGAGCUAAGGACGUGAAGAAGCCCGAUAUUACGGACCUUGGCAAAACUUGUGACCCCUACAAGGAUACCGAUCGGAACUCCAAUAUAAGUGACUUGAAACUUGAGUUGAGACAGGUUGAAGGGAGCUGUGAUAUGGACCUCUCAAACAACGGUUCAGAGACAGACCUCCGGUCAACUUUGCAAUUGACGACAAACUUGGGCCUCCCACUAGCCGGUCCCGUUCCUCUGCCGGAUACAGCCUACGACAAUGAACUAAUGAAACAAUAUCAGCGGUACAGCGGGGAUUUCAAUCAACCUUUACAUAAUAUUCAUUUUAAGACCCACGACCAAGCUAAUGGUUAUGUCCCAUACGUGGACUACUCCAGGGAUUAUGCUCCACCACAACCCGAUUCCAUGACAGGCUCUCUGUCAAGAAGCACUGAUGCCUCUACUUACCAGAGUCAUUGUGGAUCUUUGAACCGCCAAGGAAGCUGUGGAAGAUUGGGAGGAAUGAUGGGACCUGACCUGAUCCCAAUGGGAAAUCCUGGAGUGAUUAUGACAGGAGGUCUGGAUGUGCGAUACGCUGCAACGUACGGAAACCCUUAUUUACGAGGUAGCAGCGGACCUCUGUCUUAUGUGCCUCCAGUGAAUAAUUCUGCCAAAAACGCCCCUCCACCUUAUUACACGUUAAGAAAUACCAACCAUCAUCCACCAAGUACAUCUGUAACUUCACCGUCGUCAUCAUCAUCGUCGCGUCCGUACACCACUCCGCCCACCUCCUCGCCCACCAGCAACAGCGCCCAGCCCCAAGUGCCUAAACCGCUGCCUCAGGGUGGAGCACUGUACAUUCUUCCGCCGUCCAGUCAGGGAAGCAUGCACUCAUCCCAAAUAUCUACCAAAGGAACUGGGACUCACGUUUAAACAAAUGAAUUUUAAUUAAAAAUCACUUAAAUAAAUUAUAAUUCAAUGAACAUUAUUUGAAUGAAAUUGUACCUAAGUUAGAUAAU